AUGUCUGGUCGCCAAAUAUUUUCUGAAAGUGAAAAAUUUUGCCUCCAGGAACUAAUAAUUAAAUAUAAGAUUCAUUCUAUAACAACCAUAGGGGCUGGAAACCCUGCAAUAAAGAAAACUGCGUGGGCUCGCCUCACCGAGGAAUACAACUCAAUAGAAACCAACUGUCGGAGGACAGAAGCCCAACUGAAAAAGUGCUGGGAUAAUUUAAAAACCCGCAAAAAACAUGAGUUAGCUCUCCAAAAACGUGAGCGCAUCAGGACAGGGGGUGGGCCUUAUAUGCCAGCCUCAACCUCUACAUCGCAUGAGGUGAUCGAGGAAGCUCUGGCAGAUUGUACCGAUGUGGAGCUACAUGGUGUAAUAGAUAGUGACUUCAAUAGUCAAAAUGUUGAUGAAGCAAUGCCUGAUGACACUAUGGAGGAGAUAGAGACAGAAUUUCUUAUACCUCCACCGCACGAUUCCCAGCGUGAAAGAAGGGAGAGUGCAAGCAGCCUGCAACCUGAAAUGGUUCGAGAGGAAACCACCCCAGGUCCGAGCCGUAUAGCAGCCAGGCCCGGUUCACGAAUAUUAGAUUAUGGAAAUCUAAAUCAAGGAAGAAAUGUAAGAGCUCGAGUGAUUACGGAGGAGUUUGGCCUGAGGCGAGAAAAUUACCAAAGAGCUCAAGAGAGAGAAGAGGAACUCCACAGACUAAAAAUGGAGGAGAGAGAGUGGCUAGCCAAAACCGCACAGGAACUAUAUAAAAAGGCUGUUUUAGAAAGAGAAAAUGCAGAGGAAGUUCUUCGCUGUAGCCGUGCAAAGCGUGAAGAAGCAGAAAUAAUGUUAGGUAUAAGGAAAAAUAAAUGUAGUCAAUGA